AUGGAGAUCAAGAAAGAACUCGAUAUGGGAGUAAUUGAAAAUGAUAGUACUCUACUAGAUGACGAUGGCAAACCAAAACGAACAGGGACAGUGUGGACUGCUAGUGCGCAUAUAAUAACAGCAGUAAUUGGUGCAGGCGUGCUCUCCUUGCCGUGGGUGAUGGCUCAGUUGGGAUGGAUCAUAGGCGCAUCAUAUAUCAUACUUAUUGCUGCUGUCACUCUCUUCACUUCUAAUCUUCUUGCUGAUUGUUAUAGAACCCCUCACCCUGUCACUGGCAACAGGAACCGCACCUACAUGGAGGCUGUCAAAACUAACUUAGGCGGAAAAAUGCAUGUUAUAUGUGCAUUAUCUCAGUACCUCAAUCUUAGUGGUGCAGCAAUUGGAUAUACAAUUACUACAUCUAUAAGCGUCGUGUCAAUAAGAAAAAUAAAUUGCUUCCACCACAAGGGAAUUGCAGCUUCAUGCCAAUUUUCUAAUAAUCCAUACAUGAUUGCUCUUGGCAUUGUUGAAAUAUUUUUGUCGCAAAUACGAAAUUUCCACAAGCUAUCUUGGCUCUCAAUCUUAGCAGCAGUCACGUCUUUUGGUUAUGCAUUUAUUGGUAUCGGACUUUCCCUUGCUACCAUCAUCCAAGGGAAGGGAGGCAGUACCUCUUUUAUUGGCGGAAGGAAAGAGCAAAAUUUAGAAGACAAAGUGUGGAAUAUGCUUGUUGCACUAGGGAAUGUUGCACUUGCUAGCAGCUAUUCUCAAAUUGCGAUAGAUAUCCAGGACUCUCUAAAGUCACAACCACCAGAAAAUAAAGUGAUGAAAAUGGCAAAUACGAUAGGAAUAUUUACAAUGACAAUUAUAUUCCUCUUGUGUGCUUGCUCGGGCUAUGCUGCGUUCGGCUCACACACUCCUGGAAGCAUCCUAAUGGGCUCUGGGUUUAAAGAGCCUUUUUGGCUUAUUGACGUAGCCAAUGUUUUCAUUAUUGUGCAUCUGGUUGGAGCAUAUCAGGUAAUUAGCCAACCUAUUUUUCGUGUGGUUGAAAUGUUGGUUUGCGAAAGGUGGCCAGACUCAAGUUUGGUAAUGCAAGAGUACCCAUUGAGUAUUGGCAAGAUGAAGUUCAGCUUUAAUUUCUUUAGGCUUAUUUGGAGGACCAUAUUUGUCAUUGUGGUGACUAUUUUGGCCAUGGCAAUGCCCUUUUUCAAUGAAAUGCUUGCCCUUCUUGGGGCUAUAGGCUUUUGGCCCUUAACAAUAUAUUUCCCGGUGGAGAUGUUCAUUUCAAAACAAAAGAUAAGGAAACAAACAAUAAGAUGGUUUGGGCUUCAAACCUUGAACUUUAUCUUUAUGGUAGUAUCAAUUGCUUCUGCCUGUGCAGCCAUUCGUGGGCUGAAUCACGCAUUUCAUAAGUACAAGCCCUUCAUGUAUAAAGCAUAG